AAAUCCCUGCUCUAAUACACAGGGUUAUAUUUUAUCAGCUAUAUCCAUGAUAACAUCUCACUGAAGCAUAUGUCAUUAGUCCAUCUUUCAUAAGUAAAAUAAAUCAAGAAGUCCACUUAUUCACUAGAAAUACAUAUAUCUUGCCUCUUAAAUGACAUUUAAUUAUGGGUCAAGUUGUACAACUGUAGAGGCGUGUUUUCUGCGCUAAAGGUAUAAAGGGGUUUCUAAUACUUAUUCAACUUCUCUAUUAUAUGCCAAUUUUGAGUGCUUUUAUCUGUGCUAGCAAUAAUGAUAGAAAUGAAGUAACAAAAGCCGGGUGACAAGAGUGCAAUUAUCUUCUGGGUUUCAAAUUUAACAGGUUGGACAUAUGACGAGAUUGAGUAUGAGCUUUGCACCUAAGUGACUAUUUCACGAAGCUCUCAAGUGGGACUACUAGCAAAUGACUGACAUAUCCAGUGAAGCACAACUCUGGGGGAAAAAAAAGUCAGUUCUUAUAGACUUGUGGGUUACAGAAGUAGCAGUAGUUUCACAGAAAUUUGGGUGGCUGAUUUUGAGAAAUCAAAUCAAGCUAAGACUCUGCAAAAUGCCACGAGUCACUCAGUGGAGUCAUUGCUUAUGUUAGUAGGUAUUGGUUAUUCAUUGCCAUUUUAGGCUGUACACACAAAUGUGUGUUGCAUUCACCCUGGGAACUUCCAUCUCUGAGAGCAAAGGAUCACUCUCUACAUCAAUAAAAUAAGUAUGAAAAAGUGAAGCAGAACUAUAGUGGCUUUGGGACUUAAUCUGGAAAUCUGAUGGGUAUGAUCGUUAAUUUCAUGUGUCAACUUGACUAGACUACGUGGUGCCCAGAUAUUUGGUCAAAUGUUAUUUUGGAUGUGUCUGUGAGGGUGUUUCUGGAUGAGAAUAAGAUUUGAAUUGGUAGAACAAGCAGAUUGCCCACCCUAAUGUGGGUGGCCUUCAUCCAACCAGUUGAAGGCCUGAAUAGAAUAAAAAGGCUAACCCUCCCUUAGUAGGAGGGAGUUCCUUCUGCCUGACUGCUCUGAGCUGGGACAUCAGUCUUUUCUGGCCUUCUACCUGAACUAAAAUGUCAUCUUUUCUUGGGUCUUGAGCCUUUCAGCUUUCAGAAUGGAACUACACGAACUACACCAUCAGUUCUUCUGGGUCUUCAGCUUGCCAUCUGCAGAUCUUGGGACUUCUCAGCUUCUGUAACCACAUGAGCCAAUUCCUUAUAAUAAAUCUCUUUAUACAUAGAUUUAUGUCUGUCUAUCUACCUACCUACCUACCUACAUCCUAUUGGUUCUAUUUCUCUGGAGAACUCUAAUACAAUGAGUUAUAUUAAGUAAAGCUCAGUCUAAGUUUCUUCCUUGUAACAUAUUUACUUUUAAUAAUUUGGCCAAAGUGAAACUAACACAUUGUAGACUCUCAAAUGGAUUUAUUAUAAGGAAAAAAAAUGAAACAGCAGUUACAACCUCUAUGAUCAGACAUCUUUUCAGAACGGAAGACUUUGUUUCAACCUAAUCAUCUAUUUUUAAAAUGGACUAGAUUAGGGCUUUCAAACUAGUGAGUGGUAGCACACUUCUUCAUAUUGAAUGAGGUACCAUGAAAAGUUGAAACUUGAAUGGCAGCUGAGUGCAUUUGGGGAGAGCAGGGCAGGGAUGGGUCACCUGCCCUGAAGGUCUUCACCAGAAGCAGCGCUCUCCUGCGUCCACCAGAAGUGGGCUUUGCCCAGGCACUGGGGUGCUCUUGUGUGGUGCCCCAGGCCAGGGAGAUGAACCGGUUAACCAAGCUGCAGCUGGUUAACAAGCUGAAUGAAUGGGAGGCUGGUACUGUGGUGAUAGCUGAGGCAUCAUGGCACUCUGAAUACAAGGACAGUGCCUGGAUCUUCCUGGGAGGCCUUUCUUAUGAACUGACUGAAGGAGAUAGCCUCUGUGUAUUCUCCCAGUACCGGCAGAUUGUUAGCAUUAGUCGUGUGCGGGACAGGAAGACAGGGAAGUCUAAAGGAUUCUGCUUUAUCUGCUAUGAGGACCAGAGGAGUACAAGUUUGACCGUUGACAAUUUUAAUGGAAUCAAGAUCAAGGGAAGAACUAUCCAAGUCAACCACGUACCCAGCUACCGUCGUCCCCCUCGGGCCUCAGAGGAUGUGGAUGAUGCCACCAGAAAGCUCUGGGAGAAGGGCUAUGGGGCUCAGAUCCCCUUGUCUAGUUCAUCUGAUAGCUUGGAUGAUGAGGCACUCUCAGAAUGGCACAAACGGGAAAAACAGAGAAGAAAGAAUAUCAAAGUGAAUACUGAUAUACAAGUUAAAGAUGAAGAGGGACAAAUAAGCCAUGGCCCUUGCCAGCCAGAGGCCAGAUUUUAAAAAAAAGACGAUGCUCUAGGUUCCCAUAAACAUACCAAGGUUAAGCUAGAGUCUACAGAGGGCACGAAGCCCUAACACCUAGCUACCCCGAGGCCUGGAUGGC